UUAUCCUUAAAUUUUGAAUGUCAUUUGGAAUAACAGUUUUGCUGUAAAAGAACUUUGCUAAAGAGUCUUUGCCCUUGGUCCUCAUUGUCAUUUCAGUUUACAGAAAAACUAAAUAUGUUUCUUGCAAGAUUAUAAUACGGGUGAAGCGAGUGCCUUGUGUGUGUGGGAGAGUGUCUAUGUAUCUGUGUGUGUAUGUGUGUGCGUCUAUGUGUGUAUAAGAGAGAGGGAGAGAACAUGAAUUGGUGUAUCCAUUGCUUGUAGGCAGAUCUGCAAAUGCGCCAGGAUGGAGCGAUCGCAGAGCUGCUGGAGAUGACGCACACGACCCAGCUCCCGCAAAAAGUGUUUCAAGACGAACAUGGCGGCAACUUAAUGCAGGACAAAGAUGACUGUGGCGAUCGUGAGAAAAGAUCCAAGGCAAUUUGCCCAGAUACGGACGAGGGAAAGCAUCUGGCUCCAACGCGAGGACCUCGCCUUGUCAUAACACAAUCUGGGAAUCGACGGACGGGCGCAGGCGGCGGGUUUGCAACAGCUGGUCUAUGGGAGAGAUAGAGAGAGCGCGGCCCCGAGGAGAGGAAGGGAGAGAGGGAUGCUGUCACUGAGAAGUAGGUUUUUCUCCGAAGAGCCAUGGGAAAAGGGGAUAUGACAAUUCAUGGCUUGAUCUCUGCGAAGCGCUAACUUGAUCGGAAUAACGGAAUCGACGUCAAGACGGGGACCACGGACAAAUCAAUCGUUUAAGAGGGAGAAAUAACACGAGACAAUCCCCCAAGUCAAUGCAUAUUGUGGCAAAGGAGCCGUCGCGGUGGAGUCGGCCAGUGCUGUCAGCGCUUUCCUAAAAUAUGACCAGAGGUGCUCGGACGUGUCGGCAGCAAGAUGACGGCUUAAACAUCUGGUUUGCACCCCGAGAGAACGAGAAGCCAUUCACCGACUCCGAGAGGGCCCAGAGAUGGCGAUUGUCCUUGGCAUCUCUCCUUUUUAUAACCGUCCUGCUCUCUAAUCACUUGUGGUUCUGCGCCGAGGCUAAACUGACCAGGACCCGAGACAAGCGACAGGAGAACAGUUCAGAUUCCAUGGACACGAAAGACUACCCUCACCAUUUACAUUCACCACCAAGCUCUAAUCACUCUUAUAGCGGCCUCAUCGCUACAUAUAAAGAUGUUAUUUUUAUAGGGAAUUCUACCCCACCUUUGUGGCGACUUGAAACUUGUCACCCCGACAGCAUUUCCAAAAACUGCUUCACUUUCCUGGACGCGCAAGCCGUGUGCCUCGGCCUCUCGGAAGAGGGGGGGACGCGGUCGGCCGAGUGGAACCUGAGUGAUUUAUAUCUUUCUUUUUGUAAUUCGUACUCUCUUUUGGAUUUGUUUAGCGGAUUUUCCAGUCAGGACAGUUUGAACUGCAGUAUGGCGGUGGCCGGCGACCCAGCAGGUUGCAGGCGGUGCUUGCAGGCUUUUCAACUCUCCGACCAGCUAGCUCAGGAGAAUUAUGAAGAGUUUGAGCUUCUCAUUCACAAAUAUGAAACGGAUGUUUAUUCGGUGCGGACAUGCAUGGAAGAAUGCAAGACUGUCUACAAACCCUGGCUGUGCUCCCAGUACUUCCAGACGACACAGAUGCACUGCAGCAACAAGAUCCCCUGCAGGCAAUACUGCCUGGAGGUGCAGCAGAGAUGUCCGUUCAUAUUGCCAGACAACGAUGAUCUCAUUCACGGAGGGAGUCCUAGUUUCAGAUGCCCAGGGCUGUCAGAGAACCAGCAGACCCAGUCCAAGACAGAGUGCUGCGACGUACGAUGGGUCAUCCGCUCGGACAACAACUCCGAAGGGACGUUGAAAAGAAGCCACCCGUCUUGUCAGCACAGGACCUCGCUGAGCUCCUCGGCUGCCUCUAGACUGUGCAACAGCAAGCUCAAACUUUGUCUGCUGGUCCUGGUCCUUCUCCAUACGGUCGCCACUCUCACCGCAUCCCACAAUGCCACUGGGCUGAGCCUCCCGACGAUCUCGCAUCUAGACGAGAACUCGAACACGAAUGAGGAAUGACGUCGCCUCACGACUAAAGAACUCAUAUCGUCAUCAUUGGCAUUGUGGCAGCGCUUGUCGUGGGCUAGUGUGUCAUGCACCCGCAAUGCUUUCUGGGACAUGUAGUGCAGGGGUGACAGAGGAUGACAUGCAAACAGUCAAACAAGCAAACAAAACAAACAGACCCUUAAAUAAGACAAAAAAAACUUGGACACGGACAAACACUUAAAAAAAUGAUAAGAGCAAGGGACAACACCGCAGCCUGGAAGAAAAAAGGCCACUCUAGAGCUGAGUUCUCUCACACACCUUCUUUCUUUUUGUUGUUUUUGUCUUUUCUAUGAACACUGUGUCGGUACAAUUUAGAUUUUGGUUGCAGUAGACAGGAGAAAAGCAUUUAUUUGGUUUCUUUUUUUGUCUCUGCACAAAAAGGGAGACUUGGGACACCUAACAGGAACUAGAACUGAAUGUGUGCAUAUUUGUGUGUGUGUGUGUGUGUGUGUGUGUGUGUGUGUGUGUGUGUGUGUGUGUGUGUGUUCAGGUGCCCACAAAGUUCCUUUUUGUUUGCAUUCCUUAUCAUAAAUCAGAAUUGUCAAACAUGGCUGGUCUGUCAUUACCGGAUAUGAUGUCAUAUAUAUAUAUAUAUAUAUUCCCAAUAUAUAUAUAUAUAUAUAUAUAUAUAU